AUGUCUCGAGACCAAAGUUUGGCCCCAUUAGCAGCAUAUCCACUGAGAGAACCGGAUCUUUCGCUAGAGGCUGAACCUUUCGAUGAUCCAGCCAAGUAUAAACCUGAGACCCCAAUUGCCAUCGAUUUUGGAUCCAGUCAAGUAAGGGCUGGGUUUGUGGACCAAAAGAACCCAAGUCACAUUUUCGACAAUCGCAUUGCAAGAUGGAGAGACCGGAGACGAAACAAAAACCUAACGUUUAUUGGGAACGACACUAAUCUGGAUUUGAGUGUACGGUUGCAAGCUAGAAGCCCAUUUGACGGUGCAAUUGUGUCGAACUGGGACUACACAGAAGAGAUCCUGGAAUACACCUUUCAUCAUCUGGGAGUGAAUGGACAAGAUGGAGUUCCGAACCCUAUCUUGAUGACAGAAAAACUCGCCACAUUACACUCACAGAGACAGAAUUUUUACCAGCUGCUAUUCGAGUGCUUUGGGUCUUCCCAAGUCACCUUUGGGAUAGACAGUCUUUUCUCAUUUUACGCAAAUAACGAUCCAUCAGCUUCAGGAUUGGUUAUUAGUAGCGGUAACGAGGAUACGCAUGUAAUACCGGUUGUUGAAGGUGAAGGUAUACUCGGUGAAGCCAAGCGAAUAAACUGGGGAGGCCGUCAGGCGGCCGACUAUCUGUCAAAUAUGCUCGCAAUGAAAUAUCCAUACUUCCCUAUCAAGCCUUCCACCUCCCAAUUCGAAGCACUCUACCGAGACUACUGCUACGUUUCAGAAGAUUACCAAGCGGACAUCCAAACAAUUCUUACAAUGGAGGAGCUUGAGACCAAAAAUAUCGUUGUUGAAGCUCCUUUUUCUGAACUAGUCCAACCCGAAAAGAGUGAGGAAGAACUUCGUCUUCAGGCGGAGAAAAGAAGAGAAACCGGUAAGAGACUUCAAGAACAGGCGCGUCAAAGACGUGUUGAAAAACUGGCUCAAAAAGAAGAAGAAUAUGAAUAUUAUACUCAGCUCAGAGAGCAGAUGAAGGACCAGCCCAAAAAGGCUGUUUUGUCAAGUUUGCAAAGCGCUGGCUUUGAUGACGAGCAAAACUUUCGAAAAUACGUGAAUGGUCUGGAAAAGACGUUGAAGAAAGCCCAGGUAAUCGAGAAUGAUAACGAAGAAAAUGAGAACGGAACGGAUAAAUUUGACCUUGUGGAAAUUCCCGAUGAGCAGCUCAACGAGGAGCAGAUUCGUGAAAAGAGAAAACAGAGAUUGAUGAAAGCCAAUCUGGACGCCAGGAUUAAAGCAAAAGAAGAAAGAAUAAAGAAAGAGUUAGAAGAAGAAGAGGCCAGGCAAAAGGAUGAAAGCUGGAGAAAAGAUGAUCUUCCUGGCUGGGUUAAAGAUAAACGAAGCAAAUUGAGUGCUCUGCUCAAGUCAAGGAAAGACAAGUUAAAGAUCAAAUCAGAUAUGAAAGACAGAAAGUCUCAUGCUGCACAAAAACGAAUGAAAAAUAUAGCAACACUUGCUGAAGAAAAUUCCCGCGGUGGUACCAAGCGGUCGCGCCAACCCGCUACAGUUGACAAUGAUCCCAAUGACACUUUCGGAGCGAAUGACGAGGACUGGCUGGUAUACAAUGAUAUCACUUCAAGUGCCGAAGCGCUCGACCAAUCCAUCGAAGAGGAAUACAACGUCAUAAUUGAAUUGGAAAGGCUUCUUUUAGAGCACGAUCCCAAUUUCACUGAAGAAGAUACCCUUGAUGCACAAUAUGAUUGGCGCAAUUCCACUUUGCACUUGUUUCUAAGAGGACCAAGGCCACACAACAGUGAAAAUAUGAACGAGCAGCACCAGAUGCACCUCAAUGUAGAACGAAUGAGGGUUCCUGAGGUUAUUUACCAACCAUCGAUGGGAGGCCUAGACCAGGCUGGGAUAACAGAGAUUGGGGAAACGAUACUCCUGAACAAGUUUGGUUCGAGCAGACGAUCAUUGAGCGAAGUUAGUCGGCAGCUAGCUAUGAACAUUUUUUUGACAGGAGGCAACGUCAAAGUUCCCGGAACGAGAGAAAGAGUCGUUCGGGAAUUCACGGGUUUUCUUCCACUUGGUACCAGUUUGAAGGUCAGACUAGCCCAAGAUCCGUCAGUUGAUGCCUGGAGAGGGAUGGCAAAGCUAGCGCAGUCAGACACCUACAAGAAUACUUUCGUAACGAGAAAGGAAUACGAAGAAUACGGCGCAGACUACAUAAAAGAGCAUAAACUAGGUAAUACUAAGUAUCUUUGA